AGUCUUUUCCAGGAGCUAAAUGGUUUGUUGCAGAGGUGCCUUUAUCAGCAGGCAAAGGUCAGAGAGAUUCUAUAUCAUGGACUUCUUAAGCUUGUUUUGGUGGAUCCUUUAACUUCUGGGGCUGUUUUUGAUUUUCUCUUCCCUCAUUUCUUGCGAUUUUACAGAGAGGAUGCAGAUGUUCUACUGGAUGUUAACCAAUGUACUAAUUCAGAGAGUGGGAAAGUGUAUAUUCAAGAGCCACUAGACUGCCUUCUCUCCUGUAUAUCCUGGAUGCUUCUUCUUCAGCCACAUGGGAAAACUGAUCAUCCUUCAGAUUCAUGGACUUGCUUUGGCUUCUCUCUGACACAAGAAAAUGAGCCGCCUGGAAAAGCAUGGUCCAAAGAGUCACUGUCCAAUGCGUUAUCAAAGAUUCGGAACUUCCUAAGAAAUGCAGAUAUAGAAGGCUUACUCGGCAAAAGUCAGGAUACAGGCUCUACUCCUUUAGAAGAGGAAAAACGGAGAUGCUGUUCUUCAAUUUUAUUAGGAAUCAUUGAGGUGAUGUUGAAUGUAGUAGGGACUGAGUUUGGAAAAACAACUGAUGUGAAAAAGUUGGAGUUGGAAAAGGAGCUGUUUGACUUCAUUGGUAUUUUUGAAUCCCUGGACCGAAAUAUAUGUAGACAGGGUGGUGGUUCAACUCAAAGAGGUUUCAUACGGCCUACUGCAAGCAAUACUUCAGAGGACCUUGAAUUUAGUGGCAGUAAAUUAUGUCAGGAACGAAUUCCUCUCUUAGCAAAUUCAGUUAUCUAUCAGCUGUUGCAAAACACUAUAGAAUCAUGGAGAUAUGAUGGCUUUAACAACAAUAUGGCCUCUCAAAAGCAUAGCCAAUUAUCAUCUGGAAAGGCACCAACUCAGUAUUAUAAAAUUCUUUCGUUUACUCUUAACAUUUGCCUCCGUCAGCUAAAAGCAUCAUCUGUUGUGCGACAGCAAGAUCCUCUAAAAAUGUUGAUCUAUGGGGAGAUCAAGCAGUUGGGCUCCCCUUUGCUGAAAAUUAUUUGGUGGCUCCUCUCUGAACCAAAAUCUAUGACAGAUAGUAGGAAAAAAGAUGCUAAAAAAGAUCUUGACGACAGGAAGGAAUAUAUCCAUUUGGGACUUCUUUCCUUGAAAGAAUUGCUGGCAGUAAUCUUGCAUGAGUCGGAUUAUUCUGUUGUGAUAGAUGACCUGGCUGCAGUUUCUGGUCCUGGGGAUGAAGCGGGCAAUGCUAUGGACGGCGAUAUUGAUACCGAAGGUGAAAAAGCUGAUGACAUUCUUUACAAAUAUACAAGUGAAGAAUUAUUCAUCAAAAACAGUAUAAGGCCACUGAUUUCUAUGCUUCUUGCGCAUUCUGUCUUUCGCGAAGUUGAGGUUCUUUGUGAUAUUAUCAUGUUAAUUAGCAAUAAACUGCCAGAGGAGCAAAGGAAUCUUGUUGGUAAUUGGGCUAAAUGCAUCUGCAAGACCAGUAAAGUAUCAAAUCCCAAGGCUGCUAAAAGUAUUGUAUCUAUUGCUAUAUUGUUGACAUCACCACCAAAUGACUUAAUUAUCGCCGAAGACAUGGCUGCAGAGCUUCUGAAAGUGGUGGGAUCAGAAUCAGAGAAGGUUGAUUCACAAGUGACAUUGGACGCGUAUUCAAUUAUAAACAAAUCAACCAGUGCUGCACUAGCUUCGGUAAUACUGCACUUAGUUGAAUCAGUUAUUCUCGACACUGAAUGGGUCAUAAGGAAAUUGAAGGUAUAUUCUGUUGCAAAUACGAGAGCUGUUUUGGUUAAUCAGAAUGGUGAAAGAGAUCCAGGAUUGGCACUGGAAGAGACUGUUUAUUCAAGAGCAGAAGCUGUUGUAAAGGUGUUAUCUUCUUUUGUGAUGAUGGACCUUAAGGAUCCUCAGGCAGAGCAGUUGUUGAAGUUAGCUGCAAGGUUUUACAAGAACUUAGCCCAAAUGUCAAAGCUUCUAAUU